AUGAAUAAAAAAAAAAAGAAUCCUCUUAGAGCAAUAAAAUUGGAAGAAACUAGAUUAAAGAAAUUGGCUGAUACUUAUUUGGUAGAGUCUAGACAUUUACCCAUUCAAAUAUACAAUAGACUUCAUUUCACAAAGCCAGUCAACAACAAAUUGGUUCCAUCAUUUUCAGAGACCUUUAUGUAUCUGAUACAUGAAAAGCAUAGACAUUAUAUCAGGGAACCAGGAACUAUAGAAAGACAGUUCAAAGAAGAGUUUAGAAAAAUGAAUGUUUAUUAUCAUCGUCAAGUCAAAAAGGACAAUUACAAGUCAUCAAACAAAUUCUCUAGAACUCCAAGACUUGGUAUAUCUCUCAAGAGUAAAAAUUUCCUAAAACUAUACCUUGAACAAAUUUGUAAUGAUCAUUGUUAUCAUUCUCUUCAACAAGAUUUAAAACAUAAAUGA